AUGGAUGCUACGAAGUGGACGCAGGGUUUUCAAGAAAUGAUAAACGUAAAACCAAUGGAGCAAAUGAUUUCAAAUACCAACAACAACACCUCGCAACAACAACAACAGCAAACAUUCAUCGCCACCACCACAAGGCCAAACGCCACCGCAUCCAACGGUGGCUCAGGCGGAAAUAACAACAACACGGCUACUACGAUGGAAAGUAGAAAGGCGAGGCCACAAGAGAAAGUAAACUGCCCAAGAUGUAACUCAACAAACACGAAGUUUUGUUACUACAACAACUACAGUCUCACGCAACCAAGAUACUUCUGCAAAGGUUGUCGAAGGUAUUGGACCGAAGGUGGCUCUCUUCGUAACGUCCCUGUCGGUGGCAGCUCAAGAAAGAACAAGAGAUCCUCAACACCUCUAGCUUCACCUUCCAAUUCCAAGCUUCCAGAUCUAAACCCACCGAUUCUUUUCUCAAGCCAAAUCCCUAAUAAGUCGUCAAAAGAUCUCAACUUGUUGUCUUUCCCGGUCAUGCAAGAUCAUCAUCAUCAUGCUCUCGAGCUUCUAAGAUCCAAUGGAGUCCCUUCAAGAGGCAUGAAUACGUUCUUGCCUGGUCAAAUGAUGGAUUCAAACUCUGUCCUUUACUCAUCUUUAGGGUUUCCAACAAUGGCUGAUUACAAGCAGAGUAACAACAACCUUUCAUUCUCCAUUGAUCAUCAUCAAGGGAUUGGACAUAACACCAUCAACAACCAAAGAGCUGAAGAUAAUAAUCAUGAUGACAUGAAUGGAGCAAGUAGGGUUUUGUUCCCUUUUUCGGACAUGAAAGAGCUCUCGGGCACAGCCCAAGAGAAGAGCCAUGGUAAUAAUACAUAUUGGAGUGGCAUGUUCAGUAAUACAGGAGGAUCUUCGUGGUGA